UGCCUUGAGGUUGCCAAACACCAUUAUCUUGGUGAAACCGUUGCCAUUACGGUUGUAUGCCAGUUUCAUGCGAUUUACUCAUUGUUCUUAAUGAUGAAUAUCAAUAAUAGAAUCCCAUGUGACAUUAACAGGUUCGUCAUCUUUGAAACGCUUCAGUAAGGGAGCAACAGGUAUAGGCGUAUGUUCCUUAAAAGUACUCUACAAACAGUGUCAACAUGAAUAUUGUUAAAACUUCCAUAUUGAUCAUUAAAAUCGCUGAAGACAUGUUAAAAUUUUAACAAAGACAGGACAACCUUUUUUGUGGUGACACAUAUCUCUGUGGAAGAACAAAUACAGAUUCCUGGUACAUAAUGACAGCAUUGAAGGGUUUUACAGGAGAGGUGGCAUCGUUUCUUGGCAUUGAUGUGAAAAUUUCCUGCAUCUAAACGGUAUAUAAAUGUCUGAUGUGAUAAAUUAAAUUUUAAAUCCAAAAGUAAAACAUAAAAUUGCAAUAGAUUAUUGAAUAAAAAAUAAAUAAAUGUCAAAUCACAUCAACUAGUUUUGUUAAUAGAUUCAUAAUCUACAUGAUCAUGUGAUCUUUUUUUUUAAUUUUUUUUAAGAACUAAAAACAUAAAUUCUUAAUUAAAAUAUAUAAAUGUAUUCUAAUAAUGUAACUAAAAAACUCAAAAGUUACGUAUUGAUUCAACCACUGGUUUAACAGGUAGUCGGGUUAUGAGUUUUAACAGUUUUUUGUGGAUUUUAUCGGGUUUUUAAAUAAUGGUUUUUUUCUUAAAAUCUAAAUUGAAUUAUAUAUCGGGUCACUGGGUUUACCUGUUCGACCGCGGAUCCGGGUCGGAUUUCAAAACAACGGCUGUAAGCAUCCAAAAGAUGAGAAAUUUAAUUUUUUAUUUUAAAGUCAAUUUUAAUCGUAUUUUUAAUUUCACCUUUUAAAAAAAUAUUUUCAUUUUUUUUUCUUAAACCCUUGAAAAUAUAAAUACAACACGGAUUGGACAUAGACUUUAAGAACUCAACUCAACUCUAAUUUGAAAACUAUAUAUUUUUUGUUAAUGGGAAAAAAUAACCAAUAGGAGUAAAAUAUACAUAUUGAUCUGAAAAGGAAACAGAGGUUGUUAUUACAUAUUUCAGAUUAACUUCACUAAACAAAAAAUAACAGAAUUGUUAGUAAGUAUACAACGCCACCCAAAUUAAUUAAUAUGAUUGGUUCUCCAAGAAUCUCCUAAGAUUAAUUUAAUUACGUUGAAAAUUAUAUAUUUUUGUUAGCGAUAAUCAUAUGGAAAAAGAUGCAACUUGUAAUAGAUAUGAGAUUGUCUUCACCUAAACACAAAGGACAAAGGAAACUAGACUUUAUAUAAGUCCGCUUAGGAAAAGGUCUUCUUUAGUCUAUCAAAAUCACUAUAUAAGCAAAGCAUUGCUACUACUUAAAUCCUCCCUCUCUCAUAUUGUUGUUAAUAAUUAUCUCAGAGAGAUUGCCAAAAGAGAAUCCUAGUUUAGUUUUCGAUGAAGAUGGUGACAGAUGGUGAUGAUGAUCAACGCUCCGAGGAGGGUUCCAGAGGUGAGAAGAGAUGUCUUGAACUUCUGGCGACGUCGCUUGGCUCUUACGGUGAGGAAGAAACAAGAAGUGUACGAGUAAGAGAAGAAGAGGAUAGUGUAUCUACGGAGCUUGAUGAAUGCAAGAAUCAACAAAACCCUACUACUUAUCUUCAUGAUUAUGCUUCUUCUUCUUCUUCUUCUUGGAGUUUGUCCUCCGUGGAGUCCAAGAAGCGUCGUGUAGUGUAUCAAGAACCCAUCAACGCAGAGCCUCUUAGGGAAGUUAAGCCUUCGGUCAGAGGAAAAAAGUCGGUCAAACCAGAGAGAGGGGUUACACCGGAAUGGCUGGUUAAUCUGAUGAUAACAGAAAAGGGAGUGGGCGCGAAGCUGGUGAUUGAUAAGAUGAUUCAGACGAGUGAUGUCAACCCAAACCAAGGACGUCUCUUGAUUCCUUUUAAGCAGAUAGUGGAGAUGGACUUCUUGAACGAGGCAGAGUUGCACCUCAUAGAUGAACAUCAAAGAGAUAAUAGUAGUAACAAAGGUGUUGCUGUGAUCGUGGUCGCAUCGGAUGGUAGAAAACGGAAUGCUAAACUAAGGAGAUGGAAUAUGAACUGUCCCAAUUACUCCUUAUGUUCUGGAUGGAACCACGUCGUCCGCGAGAACAAUCUCGAGGACAAGGUAGGGCAGAUUUUUCGACUAUGGUCAUUCCACUCCCAAGAUGGAACGAAGCUCUAUCUUGCCUUCUUUCAUCAGCCUCCAGCUUCGGAUAUGUCUCAAGCCAUGCAUGCAGCUUCAUCUUCAUCCAUGGCUCUAGAAAGAGAUUCAGGCCAAUGCAUACUCGACCUAAAUGUACCAUUUGUACAAGAGAGGCGUGAUAGGAGGACUUCACUGGAAUCAGUCACAGAGACGACGACGGUGGACCUCGUGCUCCGGCUGGGGCGGUCUGUGGACCUAAAUAUACCAAUGGCCCCAGUGGGCACGGAGAUGGCUCCUCUCGAAGCUGUACAAGAUACCUCACUGGAAUCAGUCACAGAGACGACGACGGUGGACCUCGUGCUCCGGCUGGGGCGGUCUGUGGACCUAAAUAUACCAAUGGCCCCAGUGCGCACGGAGAUGGCUCCUCUCGAAGCUGUACAAGAGACCUCACUGGAAUCAGUCACAGAGACGACAACGACGGUGGACCUCGAGCUCAGGCUGUGAUUUUGACCCGGGAAAAGGCGGGAAUACUUUUGUUGACAAAUUUAUUAAUCUUUGUGUUUGUUCACUGAUAUAUUUAGGCAAGAUAGUUUAGUUUCCAGUUUGAUUCCAAUUUUCUUUUUCGAUUUUGGUUGAAUUAAGAUUUUUGUUUUUUUGGUUCAAGAGAUAUUAAAGUCUUUUUUUUUUUAACUAUUAAAGUCUUUUUAUGAUCAAAAGAAUAUCAAAGUCUAUAUUUGUUUGUAAGCAUAAUAUGUCAAGGAAUAUUUUUUUUAAAUUUUUUAAAUUUAUUUUAGUAUUAAAAUACUAAAAGAGGUAUCCAUCUCCUUACCUGCAUCUCAUCUCUGUACCUUACACAAGUGUAUGCAGGGGCGGAGGCAGAGAAUGCUAUUGUUGGGGGCAAAAAUCCUCUCACCCUGAGGGCAGAUACUCUCAAGAAGCGACGAAAAAUCAGAGACAGCGUGUAGUCUGGACACCAUGUUUUAGAAAACGGCAGGCCAGUUUUUUUUUGAAUCGAACCGCAUAUAAUAAUUGGUUGAAUGUACCGGUUUAUUCCGGUUUGAAAUGUGGUUUUAGCAAUAUACACUCACUCGAACAAACAAACAAUAAUCUAGACUUGCAAAUUUUCAUUGUACACCGAGAUCUUGAGCGAGUCGAAGACCUUAACUCGGCAGAUCAAAGGUAAGCUAAUUUGUUGGAAACCAUAGAUUGCAGAUUUUGUCUCGUCUUUGCGAAUGAUCCUGGUUUUGUUGAUGUUAGAUUGUUGGUGAUAGAGCAUGGGAGGAGGGGUUCUGCAGAAGUUCCUAGUCGCAUCAAUGUUCAUGGGGAUGCUUCCUAUUGCGAUAUUAUACUGUUUCAACAAUGAUUUGCUUCCUGGUUCAGCAACACUGUCUCCUCAUUCUCUAACACUACUGAGUGGAUUUCUUGCGGUGGUGUCAGUCAAUGUAGUGAUUGUGUUCUACAUCUGUGUGGCGCUUAAGGAACCUGUAGAUAAACACAAGCCAGAC